AUAAGGCCUGAUAAGGUGAGUAAGUGUUGGGCUUCGAAAAUUCGCAGCCACCAAACAAUAUAAAAACCAAUUUCCUACUUAACGACCAGCAUAGUUUUGUGAAAUUCUAACGACGAGAAACAGCUCGCCGCACAGUGAGAAAAGAAUUAUAAUUAAACGAAAAGUUUAUUACAAGCCGCAGACUUGGAGUACUACGUGAUCGCAUUAAAGGCAACUAGCGCCGAUCAUAUAGUGAAAUUACGCAAAAGUCGUCUACGCAAAGAGAGGCAAUAUGCUGAAGUUGACAAUAGCAAUACUUUUGACAGCCGCUCUGCAACCGGCCAUGUCACAACUACCGCACAGCGCAGGAUUACCAUCCCAACAGGGCUUGGCACGUCUGCUAUUCACCUCGCGACUUACGGCGCUGAAUCCGCAAGUGUCGGUGGCGUGUUUCACCGAUUACAUCGGGCAUUCAAAUUCGAUCAGCGAAGCUUACGGACAGGACUACAAACAGUGCCUGCUCGAAGCGAGCGAGGAACGCAAACAAAUUGAUGGUGAUUCGGUGAAGGAACGUCAGGAGGUUGUGGAUGCAGCAGAGGCGGUAUGCAGCAGUCUACGCAUUUGUAAUGAGCAUAACAAUACUUUGGAACUUUUCAACUGUCACACGAAAAUUGGUAGCGAGAACACCAAAGCCACAUACAGCAUAUCGGGUAAUGCCUCCGAACAUGCAACCGUAUUGCAAGAACGCUAUCGUCGUAUCGAGUUGCAUCAUCAGCAGUGUUGCCAACAUGCUGAACGCCGCUAUGUGACAGAUACGGCGAGUAACUAUAACUACUUGCAAGGCUGUCUAGAUGGACAAGUGCAGCCUAGACUACAAUUUCCGCCAACAACAGUGCAACCAACGACAAGUUCCACCACACCAUCAACAACAACGACAACCACUGAGGCACCACCACCACCACCGCCGUCGUCUACGACGUUGCCAUCAUCACCCUCCGCAGUCUACGAUGAACUAACAACCACUGAGCAGAGUCAAAAUAUACAACAACAAGUAGCACAGAUUUUAAACUUGUUAAAUUGACCGCCGGUAAAAUCAAGGGAUUCUUCGGCGGUUAAUUAAUUUCAAAAAGCUAGCGAGGUUAAGCGAAUAGGAAUGUAAGGAAGUAAUAAAUGAAAAACAAAAUGCGAUGAAAAAUUAA